AUGGAUGACAGUCCACCAGAAAAGAGGUUCAAACAAAAUUGUCAACAAAAUGAGUCUCCAAUUUCAGAUGGAGUUUAUUUGAAUAAAAUUCCAGAUAUACAUAAUGAUAAAAAAAUAAAUAGUAUUCAUUUAAAAGACAUAAUAAAUAAUGUCCACCCCCAAAAAUCUGUAUUUUUUACUUUUUAUGUUCGUGAAUCAUUUUUUGAUGAAAUUUAUGGAAACUAUAAAAUUGGUUUAAAUAAUAUAACUCUUAUCAUUGGUGUCGGUAGGGAUAUUAUAAAAACAGUUAAAGAACAAAAAUAUGAAAAUGACAACAUUAAAAGAAGAUAUGUUCCUAUGGAGCCAUAUGCUUCACAUCAUACUAAAUUGUCAUUAUUUUUUGAAAAUGAUGGUAAACCACAUGUUGUUGUUGGGACUGCAAAUUUAAAUUCAGAUGAAUGGGAUAAUAUUACACAGGCACUUUAUUAUGCUAAGGGUCAGGAAAAGUUACAAGAUUAUGAAUAUGAAAAAGAUUUUUUUCUUACUGAUAUUGUACAUUAUUUAGAAUCAGGAUAUAAAAAUCAAAUAUUUUAUGAUGAAGAUAUUAUACCAUUGAUAAAUGAUUUAAAAAAAUGGAGUUUUAUUCAUAUUAAAGAUCGUAUAAUUUUCUCUAUUUGUGGUAUGAAAAUACCAAAAGUUAUGAAUAGUUUUGGUAUGAAUAAAAUAAGACUAUUGUUAGAAGAAUGUAAAGAUAAAUUAAGGCAAAUUAGUUAUUUUGUUGUUCAAUGUAGUAGUAUUGGGUUUAUAGGACCAUCAGAAAAAAAGUGGCUUGUAGAUGGUUUCCUUAAAAAUUUAACUAAUGGACAACUAAAUAGUCUUGAUAAAUUGAAAAUAAUUUAUCCAUCUUUAGAUGAUGUAAGAAACUCAAUAAAUGGAUAUGAAAGUGGUUAUUUGUUCCCAUAUACCAAACGAAAUAAAGAAAAGCAGGGAAAAUAUAUUAAUCCUUGUUUACAUAGAUGGAAGUCAGAAACUUUAAAUAGAACCCGUUAUUUACCACAUAUCAAAACAUAUACUGCAUUUGAUCAUAGUGAUAAACCUAUUUAUCAAUUUAUUGGAAGUCAUAAUCUUUCAAAAGCUGCUUGGGGAGAAAUGGAUGCUUAUGGGACAUUUGUCAUGAAAAAUUAUGAAGUUGGAUUUUUUACAUUUGAUGAAAAAUCAAUGAUAAUUCCAUACGAUCUUCCACUUGUUAAAUAUCAAUCUGAUCAACAAAUUUGGACUAUAAAUGAAUCUCAUAUGGAACUUGAUUGUAAUGGAUAUGUAUAUGAUAUAAAUAAUGAGAUAUUAUAUAAUACUUAUUAA